AUGUCUGGUAGCAGUUAUCUGAGUGAUACUUUACGUAAAAACAGUAUUGACAUAUGUGGUUUAGCUGAACAUUGGCUAUUCGAAAGUUGUCUUUCUUUUAUUGACGUAAUAGACAGUACAUAUAAGUCUGUGGCUGUAGCUGAUAAUGAUUGUAAAUAUAAGAACAGUAGAAAUGUUGGAAAGGGAGGUGUUGCCUUGUUAUGGCAUGUAAAACAUGAUAAAUAUAUCACCCCACUUAACAUUGAUGAUGAUCGCAUUAUAGGCAUACAAUAUCAAGUAUCAAAACAACAAUAUAUCUUUAUUUUUCAAGUCUAUUUGCCUUGCAGCAAUUAUUCUAUACUGACAUUCAGGGAUUAUAUUGAUAAGCUGUAUAAUCUAUGGAGUAUGUAUUCCGAAAACGGUACUGUCCUCUUUAUGGGCGAUUUUAAUGCAAAAAUUCAGGUGCAUUCUAAGAAUUACAGAGACAUGUAUACCUUAAGAUUCAUAAAUGAUACCAAUUGUGUAGCAGUAGAUACAAUGUCUUUUUGCACUGGUGCUAAACACUCAUACGUUUCAUAUGAUGAUAGAUUUGUAACAUUAAUAGAUCACAUUUGUGUUCCUGUAGAAAAAAUUGAUUGUGUUAAUUUAUGUACCAUACUUGAUGAUAAUUGUCUUAAUGUGUCAAGACACCGACCAGUAAUUUGCUCACUCUCGCUGCCUUUAGUAAUAGAUAUGAAAGAUGACAUUAAAUCUAAAACGCGUAUUAAUUGGAAGAAGGUUACUGACGAUGAAAUUAGCUGUUAUGUGGAAACUCUUAACAAUACAGAGGAAUUACUACAAGCUCGUUACCAGAAAAUUGAAUCAAAUGAUGAUAUUGAUAGACAGUACGAACUGAUAGUGUCUGCUAUUACUUCAACUUCGUCAAAAUCAAUAAGGAAGAGGAAGUUUAAGUCUUUUCUGAAACCAUAUUGGAACGAAAAUCUGUCUGCACUCCAUAAUACUAUUAAACAGAGUCGCGAGAAAUGGCUAAAUGCUGGAAGGCCCAAAACCGGUAAUGUAUUAUUCUCCGAGUACAAACAAGCAAAGAAAAAAUUUCGGAAAGUUCACAGGCUAAAUGUACAAAAAUUUCUUGAAAUGCAAAAUGACGAACUUGACAAAUCAGCAGAAAUAGAUCACGAUCUCUUCUGGCGAAUUGUAAAUUCAAAACGUAAAGGCAAAGGUACGAAAGCGGGAUGUGAAAUUCAGUUCAACAACAUUGUGUACCGCGAUCCUGUGGAUAUCACUAAACAAUGGAAGCUUUAUUUUGAAGAUUUAUACCAGCCAACGGAUAACCCAAACUUUCACGAAGGGUUGAAAACACGCGUUUCGGCAGUUGUUAGUGAUAUGAAAUCACAUUUAGACACUGUUAUAUCAUCUGAAAUCGUUAAUAUAUCGCCGGAUACUAUCAAAGAUUUGUUGAAAACUUGCAAACGUGGAAAAAUGUGUGGUCAUGACGGAAUAUAUUAUGAACAUAUAAUUCAUGGCGGGAACUCAUUAUACUGGGCCAUUUCAAGACUUUUUUCGGCGAUGUUAAAUACUGGUCAUAUCCCUUCAGAUAUGAACAAAGGAGUUAUAGUAACUUUGCAUAAAGGCGGGAAAAAGAAGAAAAAUGACCCGAAUAACUAUAGAGCAAUUACAUUAACAUCUACUGUAUUAAAGCUUUUUGAAGAUGUUCUUCUUCAUCGGUCAAAAACUAAAAUGCUAUCAAAACUCAGCCCACAACAAGGUGGUUUUCAAAAGAAUCUCGGAUGUAUCAUGACUUCUUUCAGCCUACGUGAAGCAAUACUAUUCGCCAAAGAAAAUCACAGUAAGGCAUACGUUUGCUUUCUCGACUGUAAGCAAGCUUUCGACAGGAAACCUCAUAUUUUCCAAGCAAAGGAGCAUGGAAGUCAGUAUUACAGCGUUCCGUUUUCCAGCAUGAGCAAGAGAAACGCUUUGGAAACCUGUGCCAGCUUAUAA